UGAUGCCCAUCAGAGCACUGCUUGCACAAAUAAAUCGAUCUUAUUAAUCGACGUUGCCCGCGAAGAAAGGACAAGUUUGGUCCAUCUCCAAAAAAGCAACGGAACUUAAAGUUUGUUAUUCUCGGAAAAGCCAUUCUUUCUUAGUUAUUGUCUCUUCACUAAUGUGGUUUAAACUGUGACAAUUAUUUUUAGCAACGAAACAAUGAACGGCACAGAGAACUUGGAAUUGUUGGAUCGCCAGUUGUCGCAAAUAGCUCGCUACGCAGAUCAUUGGCUAAAACAGAAUAACACUGGCUUUCUUUUGGGACCAAAAGCCGUGGCAAGUGACGAUCCGAAUGCCAAAAAAGAUGACCCUUUGGAGAGACAGAAAAAACUUCUGGCACUGAUGCGGAAUCUACCGGAUUCUCCGCCAACUAAAGAAAUGCUAGAGGCCAUGACCACCGAAUUUACGGACACAGAUUUGACCAAAAACAAUGCGAUAUUCGAGGAGUACCUGGCCACCAGGCGGCUGGAGUUUUACAAUGUAUGCUCCGUGAUGCAGACACUAUUGAGCAUCGAGGAUCUGAGCACUAUGCAGCUCUAUGCCCAACUAAUCCAACCGGAUGUGUCUGUGCAGCGCGUUUCCAAGCUGAGGUACAAGAUAGACCUUAAGAACACAACAGGUGUAAACGCUGAGGACGUGGUGGCCCCCAACUUGGACGAAGUGGUGCUGGUGCCAAAGCCCAGCCUGCUGGCCUCGCCGCUGCCCAAGCCACUUGUGCUGGCCCUGCUGCCACAUGCCCACGAGGUCCUGGAAAUGAAGGAUCCCAAUCGCCGCCAUGUGGCCAGUGUGGAGCAGGUUAGUCGCACCACAGUCCAUAUCCGAUUCAGCCGUGGCAGCAACCCCGGCGAGGAGGUCCUCAUCGGCCAGCGAUUCUGUGCCAUAAUCCGCUCUAGGCGCACUCCCUUCCGCUACAUGUACCGCGCCCUAAAGGUGCUCCAGGAGAGCCCCUUGAUACGCCGCUACCUCUUCCCAUUUCCCGGCUGGUUGACUCAAAUGCUGAACCGAUCGAUGAUCGAGAUGCGCAAUUGCUCGACCCUGCCCAUCUGGAUGCAGGUGAGGCCACCACCGGAGCCUGCUGCAUCGGCAUCGGUCUCGCUGCUCAAUUCCACCAUCAAUUCCAAUGCGGAGCAGUUGCAGGCGGUGCAGAGAAUUGUCGCAGGACCAAAUCCCCAGGGACCCUACAUCGUGUUCGGACCACCAGGCACUGGCAAAACCACAACCAUUGUGGAGGCCAUUCUACAGCUGCGCCUUCAGCAACCGCGAAGCCGCAUCCUUGUAACCGCCGGUUCGAACUCGGCCUGCGACACGAUCGCCUUCAAGCUGUGCGAGUACAUCGCGUACAACAGUCGACUCAAAGAGCACUUUGCCCGGCAGGAGCAGCCCAAGCCGGGUCACCAGUUGAUCCGCGUCUUCUCGCGCUCCAUCCACCACAAGGGACUGAAGUCGGUGCCGGCACUGCUGCUCAAGAAUUCCAACUGCUCGAAGAACAGUUACGAGCACCUUGGAGUUUCGCAUGUACUUGAGUACGGCAUCACGGUGGCCACGCUCUGCACGGUGGGACGUCUGGUCACCGACAACCUGGGCAAGCACAACUUCUACAGCCACAUCUUCAUCGACGAGGCGGGUGCGGCCACCGAGCCGGAGGCCUUGAUCGGCAUCAUGGGGGUCAAGCAGACGACCGAUUGCCAUGUCAUCCUGUCCGGUGAUCACAAGCAGCUGGGCGCCGUCAUCAAGAGCAAUCGGGCGGCCUCUUUGGGUCUGAGCCAAUCGCUGAUGGAGCGACUCCUCCGCUCCGAUUGCUACAGGCUGGACGAGAAUGGAAACUACGAUCGCAGCCUGCAGACGCGACUGCGUCGCAACUAUCGAUCCCAUCCGCAGAUCGUGCGCAUCUUCAACGAUCUCUACUACAACGGAGAGCUAAUCCCUCAGGCUCCGGCUUCGGAGGUUAACUUGGCGGCCCACUGGAGCCUGCUGCCCAAUCCUUCGUUUCCCAUAAUCUUUCAGGCCACCCAUGGCAGGACGGAAAGGGAGCAGCACUCCACCAGCUCGUACAAUCAGCUUGAGGCGAAAGUGCUGUGCUGGUACGUCAAACGCCUGAUUGACGAUGGCCUGGGCAGGGGAAAUAGAGUCAGCCAGGUGGACAUAGGCAUUGUGGCUCCGUAUACCGCCCAGGGUAAGCUAAUCACCAAGCUGCUCCAGAGCCAGGGGCAUCCCCAGGUGGAGGUGGGCAGCGUGGAGACCUACCAGGGCCGCGAGAAGCCCAUCAUCAUUGCCAGUCUGGUGCGAUCCUUUGCCAACAUGGGAUUCAUGCGCAAUCCUCGCCGGGUGAAUGUGCUCCUCUCACGAGCCAAGUCGCUGCUCAUCCUGGUUGGCAAUCCAGUCACCCUCCGUCAUCACCGAGACUUCAAGUCAAUUAUCAAUAGUUGCAAGACGCAGGGCACAUAUCUGUUCAAGAAAAAGAACUCCCAGGACAGGCCCUUGUUCCUGCCCGACAUGGAUGAAGAGGAAUCCUCCGAUGAGGAUUCCAGCAGUGAGCUGGAGGACGACGAGCUCACUCCCUGGUAUGCCAGGAUGCCGAAGGCCAUAGACGACGAUGCUAUAACUAAAUCAAUGGCCCAGUUGUCUAUACAGAAAUCCGACAAGAUUGUGGUUCACUCAAAUUUUCUAAAAGCUUGUGCAGCUGCUCCAAAAGAAACCAAACUGAAACUGAAGGAAAUGAUAGUUUAG